UUGUGAGGCUGAGUUUUUCCAUGAAAUCCUCCAUCUGAAGAGCAAAGAUGGAGAUGCCUGUAAAGCCGCCGCUGGAAGAAGCCGCUCCCAUCCAGAAAGAUCCAGAACCUUCAGCAGAGAGAACAGCUUCCAAGAUUCGGCCUGAGUUUGUGUCGAGGGUGUCGUUAGAAAUCCUUAAACAACUCUUAGACUACCUGGAAAGAGAUAGAGUUUUCAAUGUAUGUGAGAGAAAGGAUAUACUUGAGAGGAACCAAACCACAGACGAUAAGGCCCGCAACUUCAUCGACUCUGUGAUGAGUAAAGGGGAUGAAGCCUGCCAGAUAAUGCUAGCACAUCUUAAAACCAAAGAUCCCAAACUCUACUCCCAGCUGCUUUCUUCCUCUGAGCCAUCUGCUCUGCAAGGGGAUUUUCAGGAGUGUCAGCCUAAAUUCAAAUCUGCCCUGAGAGAGAGGUUCCAGUGUGUGUUUGAGGGGAUUGCUAAAGCAGGAAACCCAACCCUUCUGAACCAGAUCUACACAGAGCUCUACAUCACAGAGGGAGGGACUGCAGAGGUCAAUAAUGAACAUGAGGUCAGACAGAUUGAAACAGCAUCCAGGAAACCACACAGACCAGAAACAACCAUCAGACAAGAAGACAUCUUUAAACUCCCACCUAGAAGAGGUAAACCAAUCAGAACAGUGAUGACAAAGGGAGUGGCUGGCAUUGGGAAAACUGUCUUAACACAGAAGUUCACUCUGGACUGGGCUGAAGACAAAGCCAACCAGGACAUCCAGUUCACAUUUCCACUGACUUUCAGAGAGCUGAAUGUGCUGAAAGAAGAAAAGUUCAGCUUGAUGGAACUUGUUCAUCACUUCUUUACUGAAACCAAAGAAGCAGGAAUCUGCAGCUUUGAAGAGUUCCAGGUUGUGUUCAUCUUGGACGGUCUGGAUGAGAGUCGACCUCCUCUGGACUUCAAUAAAACUAAAGUCCUAACUGACCCUUGGAAGUCCACCUCAGUGGAUGUGCUGCUGACUAACCUCAUCAGGGGGAAACUGCUUCCCUCUGCUCGCCUCUGGAUAACCACACGACCUGCAGCAGCCAAUCAGAUCCCUCCUGACUGUGUUGGCAUGGUGACAGAGGUGAGAGGGUUCACUGACCCACAGAAGGAGGAGUACUUCAGGAAGAGGUUCAGAGAUGAGGAGCAGGCCAGUAGGAUCAUCACCCACAUGAAGACAUCACGAAGCCUCCACAUCAUGUGCCACAUCCCAGUCUUCUGCUGGAUCACUGCUACAGUUCUGGAAGAUGUGCUAGAAACCAAUGAGGGAGGAGAGCUGCCCAAGACCCUGACUGAGAUGUACAUCCACUUCCUGGUUGUCCAGACCAAAGUCAAGAAGGUCAAGUACGAUGGAGGAGCUGAGACAGAUCCACACUGGAGUCCAGAGAGCAGGAAGAUGAUUGAGUCUCUGGGAAAACUGGCCUUUGAUCAGCUGCAGAAAGGAAACCUGAUCUUCUAUGAAUCAGACCUGACAGAGUGUGGCAUCGAUAUCACAGCAGCCUCAGUUUACUCAGGAGUGUUCACACAGAUCUUUAAAGAGGUGAGAGGACUGUAUCAGGAGAAGGUGUUCAGCUUCGUCCAUCUGAGUGUUCAGGAGUUUCUGGCUGCUCUUCAUGUCCGUCUGACCUUCAUCAAUUCUGGAAUCAACCUGAUGAAAGAAGAAAAAAAAUUUUGUCAGAUGUCUUCAAUCCUGAAUAAUCCAGAUCUAAAACAUCUCCAUCAGAGAGCUGUGGACAAGGCCUUACAGAGUCCAAAUGGACACCUGGACUUGUUCCUCCGCUUCCUCCUGGGUCUUUCACUGCAAACCAAUCAGAGUCUCCUACGAGGCCUGAUGACACAGACAGGAAGUAGCUCACAGACCAGUCAAGAAAUAGUUCAGUACAUCAAGGAGAAGAUCAGUAAGAAUGUGUCUGUAGAGAGAAGCAUCAAUCUGUUCCACUGUCUUAAUGAACUGAAUGAUCGUUCUUUAGUGAAGGAGAUCCAACAGUUCCUGAGAUCAGGAGGUCUCUCCACAGAUUAUCUCUCUCCUACUCAGUGGUCAACUCUGGCCUUCAUUUUACUGUCAUCAGAAGAAGAUCUGGAGGUGUUUGACCUGCAGAAAUACUAUUCUUCAGAGGAGGCUCUUUUGAGAUUGCUGCCAGUGGUCAAAGCCUCCAACAAAGCUCUACUGAGCAGCUGUUCCCUCUCAGAUGAAGGGUGUUUUGCUCUGUCCUUAGCACUCAGCUCUCGUACCUCCAGACUGAAGGAAUUGGACCUGAGAAUCGAGGAUUCAGGACUGAAAAAGCUGUGUGAUGGACUGCAGAGUCCAAACUGCAAACUGGAAACUCUCAGGCUGAGUGUGUGUGGUUUCCUUCAGGACUCAGGAGUGAAGAAGCUAUUUGAAGGACUAAAGAGUCCAGACUGCAAACUGGAAACUCUCAGGUUGAGUGUGUGUGGUCUCUCAGAGAGAAGCUGUGAACAUUUGUCCUCAGUUCUCAGCUCCAAGUCCACCAGUCUGACAGAAGUCGACCUGAGUAACAACGACCUGCAGGACUCAGGAGUAAAGAAGCUGUGUGAUGGACUAAAGAGUCCAGACUGCAAACUGGAAACUCUCAGGUCUUACAGCACAAACUUUUUUCUUCAUACUCCAUGUGUGCACAGGUUGCUGCUAAACAAGUAGAACAUGCAUCAGUGCACAUGACAGCG